UUACGUGUUUCCGAGCCUUUAGCGGAACUUCCUGUAGCUUUGGCCACGCCCCUCCAUGUCAUGGGCGUGUCCAAACAACAGACAGCAGAGGAGACUUCAGAAUGGGAGAGAGCUUCUAUGAACAGCUGCGGAUAGACAGCCGGUUCUUGAAAACCGACCAGCGUUUGGACACCGAGCUGUUGGAUAAACUCAUUCUGCAGCUCAACAGAAUCUACCCACAGAUCCUAACCGACAAGGAAGCCACCAGGUUCAGGGAUUUGGAUGUUCCUACGUGUAUCCGGGUGGCGGAGCUGCUGUCUCACCUGCAGGAGAAAGGGGAGGAGGCGUGUCGCGAGUUUUACCAUGCACUGCACCUCCACGUCGAGGACGUUUACUUCAGCUUACCCACACGCCUCCGACUCAGAGAGUCCGGUGAUCGAGUUGGUCCAAUCACAAAGCCCAAAGACAGAUAUGUACUGAACGACCGAAGUCCUGUGUUCUUCAUAAGCUGCUUCAGCGCUGCUGUCGGAGCAGCUCUUCUGUAUUAUUAUGGUGAGUCCAAGGACGUGUGGGGUUCAAGCAGUGCACUCGGUCUGGCUGCUCUGGGGCUGAGUAGAAAGGUGCGAGAUGUUCUCAUCUGGUACACAGAAGAUGGAAAAUAAUACAUAUAUAAAUGUUUUUUUGGUGCCUUAAAAAGAUUUUUGACACGCUAGACAAGAACAAUUCCAAUAUCACAAAACAGCUCAACUUCAAAAUGUUGUAAAAAGAUACUGUAUCUGUGCGUAGUGUAUGAAGUAAUUAUUAAUGUGGGCAAGACUCCAGGGAUUUAAAAUGAAAGUUUCUGCCUUAAUCUGGAAUUGUGUUACACCAUAAUAUGCUAAAUUAUCGGAAAACAAACACAGUUAUUUAAAAGUAAUAUACAGUACAAGCAAAAACUAGUGGAUGUAGAUUCACAAACACCAUUGGGUAGUGGACGACAUUGAGUUUAAGUUUAUACUUUUAGUUGAUCUGUUCAUUUUAAUCUCAAAUUAAUGUAUAUAUUAUUUACAGUAUACUGUAGUUUUGUGGGCCUUGGGUGUGUCCAAAAUAAUACUGACAAAAUAUGAACCCUCGGGUUAACUGUGCCUUUUACUAAAUGCAGAACUGUUAUAGCAAACAAUUAAGUGUCAGAAUAUUUUCAGAUAUAAGACACUAUAAAAUAUAGAUAAAGCUGAACCUGAGGAGUAUUAGAAGUCUGUUACCUUGAAAUUCUUUAAAUAUGUAGUAAAGUGGUGUUUUUAACAAGUAUCUCGUAUAUUAUCAUGUUUGUAUAUCUUUUUGUCUUUUCUAUACUAGCAGCGUGUUUGCACUGGCUUGUCUACUAAUAGUUGAUAGUGUUUGUCAGUUUGCUUGAAGGCAUUUUAAAUUCAUGUGGCCUUAAUGCAGUGGAAUUAUAAAAGAAAUGUUUUGUAACAUUUGUAUAACAUAAAAAGAACAUUUCAGAGGAAUCUAGAUAAUCGAUGCGUUAAUGAAGCACAUUCACAAAACUUAAUAUUUUUGGAUAAUAAGAUUACAGUAUAAAAAAUUAAAGGAUGAAAGAAUGCUUUAGAAAUACUUCUGUUUUCCACUAUGAAUUUGAUUGGGGUGCUUUUGUUUUUUGUAUACGUUCUGUCCUUUGUAAAUAAAGACAAUAAAGCAGAA